AUGGGGUAUGGCCCGUCUUGCACGAAAGCCCUGCUGUAUCAUAGCAUGCGAGCUACAAUCCGAGCGCCGACGUCUGGUAAAGAUGUGAUCUCAGGCGCUUCGGCUGAGGGUUUUGCCUCCGCUUCCCCACACUCUGAGCGCCUGGACCAGGCACGCUAUGGCCGUCUUAACACCGAGGCAACCACUCGUACUCAGGAAGUACGAGCGUGUACCAUCUCCAUGAGAUGUCAAGCUGGAGCAGCGAUGGAAGGAUUCUGUCGGUCGUCUGUGUCAACGCACCCUCAACCUCGACGCCAAGAAGAAUUUCUCACGUACGCGAGUAAACUGGGUGGGACAUGGUCCAGCGUUGGUCAUUUGGAUAGGCACGGGCCUGAUGUAACUCUACCAUUCAGCCAUGUUUCUAUCAGGUCCGAUGCGUGGCCAGUCCAUGACACCCCUGAAGGACGUCAUGCCAUGUCCAAGGGACGAGGCACAGAAGUCGAGGGACGACUACUACUCGUGGGGAAGAUUAGGGUUGGCACGACAUGGGUCAUAAAACACCGGGGCCUGAGCUUGCAACGGGGUGUCCUGGGACAAUCACAGUCCGUCGACACAUCGCGCGGUCUCACCUCGGAGCACGCCGAUACGUCCACUGGGGUGGUUUAUGAUGUCGUUCCUCCCCCCAACGUUAGGCAACAACGCAAUUUGGUUAGUAUCUCGUUGGGGCCUGUUAUCCGUACACAUAUCCGCGCCAAGGGUACACAAUGCGUCGUUGUGCUCAUCAUGGUGCUCUGGACCAAGACAUAUGAAGUCAGGACGUGA